AUCUCUCCUAUAGCCCUGGCGAUUCUACAUGGACGCGAUCCCAGAGAGGGACUGGGCAGAGCUGCCGGUCGAUGCGAUCUUGUACAUCCUCCGCAAGCUCGACCUGGUCGACCUCGUCCAGGGCGGCGUGGCCGCGGUGUGUAGCUCCUGGCGCCGCGCCGCGCGCGACGAGGCUGUGUUGUGGCGCCACAUCGACAUUCGCGGCCGCUUCCCGGGCGAUCUCGACCACCUCGCCCGUGGUGCCGUCUGCGUCAGCACCGGGCAGUGCGAGAAUUUCUGCGGCCAGUUCUUGGACGACGACUUCCUCCUCUUCCUCGCCGACCGGGCACCCCUGCUGAGAUGUCUUCGCCUCAAAUUCUGCCAUGGAAUCACCAGUGAAGGAUUUGCUGCGGGCCUGCGGCCAUAA